GAUGAAACCUAUUUGGUUCUGACCACCUGGCUGCCCUUCAGUGGUAUAUUCAUGCGUGACUGUGAUGGAAAGCAACUGGAAACAUGUCCCAUCAAGGAGUGGUGUGUCUACUUCUGUUGUUUGGAGCCGUCAUUAAAGGUGUAAAUGCUGAGGUUCAGAAUACUUCAGUGAAGGUAGGAGGUGAAGCCUUCCUCAACUGUCACCUCAUGAAAUCUGAAGAUGUUGUACAAGUCACAUGGCAGAAGAUUUCACCUGAGAUUAAUCUGGCCACCAAUAGCAAGUACUUUAGUCCAAGAGUGAAUCCAGAGUUCAGACACAAGGUGGAGUUUAAAGAUGCUGGACUGCAGAACAGCACCAUAAUUAUCAAGAAUGUGAACCAGCAGGAUGAAGGAUGUUAUAACUGUCUGUUUAACAUCCAACACCAGGGGGUUAUCACCUGCAAAACCUGCCUCCUGAUCUAUGAGCUGAAUGAACCUGUUCUACAUGUCAGUAAAUCGUCCUCUACUGCAGAGUUCAUUGUGUCCUGUUCAGCCACUGGUCGACCUGCUCCCACUGUCACUCUGAGUGUCCAGGGACAAAACUUUUCACACACCAGUACCGUCAGAGUCCCCAACACUAACGGUACAGUGACGGUCAACACUACAGCUGUACUGUCAGGUCUGCACAGAACCAGUACUAGAGUUAGAUGUUCAGUCCGACUGGCCUUUGGUUCUGAGACAGAGGUGUUUACAACCAUUCCUGGUUUUGAUGAGGAACGUUCACCCAGUGACAGUGAUGACAGUUUGACCUGGAUCAGUGUGCCUGUGGUUCUGGUCUGUGCUGUUGUUGUUGCUGUUGUUGUUGCUGUCAUCAUCACACCUUUGUUCAAAAAACAUAUGACAUGUCUUUCUCACAGUGACCAUGAGGAGAAUGAAGAUGAGGAAGUGGGAAAGGAACUCAAAGACACUCACAAAACGCCAUUGGCUGGAACGCCAUCAAACAAAACACUGCUCAAUGAGGAGAAUGAAGUUACUUCCACUGAUUAUUUGAGGCAGUGGGGAUCUGCUGAGAAGAAUCAACCAAGGGCCAACCUGGAGCAGAAAAAUUCAACAGUAAAAGACUGAAUCUGCAGUGUCAGAAGUAAGAAGACUUGGUUGAACAUCUUUAAAGGUCCUGUGCAGACGUUCUGUGUGAUCUUGAGAAAGUCUCAUUUUUGUAUAUAUCCCUGACUGUAGUCUGCAGUUUCAAAUGAGAUUAUCAGCACCAAAAUAAGUUAUAUCCAAAUGCUAUUUUUGAUCAAUGAUAAUAAAUGUUAAGAGUGGUUUAAUUUGGC